AUGGCAGGUGUGAGUGUCUGUAUAAAAUAUUCUAUGUUUAUCUUCAACUUCGUGUUCUGGCUAUGUGGUGCCUCAAUACUGGCAGUAGCAAUUUGGCUACGAGUAAGCAAAGGUGGUUGAGAGAUUCUCAGUCUUGGGGAUGCUACCAUUAACCCCUAUAUUGGCAUGAAUAUCUUGAUUGUUGUGGGUGCUAUUAUCAUGAUUUUGGGUUUCCUGGGAUGCUUUGGUGCCAUAAAGGAAAACCAGUUCAUGAUGGUUUUGUUUUUCAUAGGAUUGAUUCUGACCCUUCUCCUGUAGGUGGUGGCAGGUAUCCUAGGAGCUACUAACAAAUCUAAGACUGAACGUGCUCUGAAUGAGACUCUCCAGAAUAAUGCACGUCUUUUGAGUACAACAAAUGAAGGUGGAAAAAUAUUCCAGAAAGCCUUUUCUGAAAUUCAAGAAGAGUUAAAAUGUUGUGGUUUGAUCAAGGGAGCUUCUGAUUGGGGAAAUAAUUUUCAAUACUAUUACAAGUCAUGUGAAUGUCCAAGUGCAUCAGAUUCUUCUUGUACAAAAUAUAAUGGAAAAACUAUUUACAAACAGUCAUGCUUUUCUUUGAUAAGCGACUUGUUUUCAAGACGUCUUUCCAUAGUUAUUGGACUAGCAUUUGCACUGGCAGCUAUUGAGGUUCUUGGUCUGAUAUUUUCAAUUGUCCUGUACUGCCAGAUGAGGAAACAAUAAAUCUGUGGAUGAAUGUGUCAAGUCAUCAUCGGUCAAACCCCUUUAAAAUUUUGCUUUGGAUUUGUAACUUUAAAUAUAUGAGUGCUGCAUCAAGAGCAGCUGCCCUAUUAAAA